GAUGUCGAAGAGAAUUUGAAUUUCCACUCUAAAUUCCYUCCAAAUUUCUCAUAUUAACAACUUUCGACUCCUAAUAACCUCAACUGCACAUUAUGGAGKKUAAMCWGAAAAGGAAGGGCGAUUUUGGUGAGAGCAGCUCUUCGAAAAGACCAAAAAAUGMUGACGAUUUCAAAGGCGUUCAACCAAGUCGAUUUGAAAGCGAACUUGCUUCUCUGCAGAGCUCAGAUACUGUUUCCUCGAGAGUUCACGAUCCUAAAGCUAAAUGGAAAAGACCKCCUUUACCUGAUAUAAAUCCUGAUAAGGAUUCUAUAGAAUUUCAGCAACUAGAUGUUGACAAUUACAUCGGAAACCAUAUGCCAGGAAUGCCAGGUUCUAAAGUAGGACCAGUUCCUAUCCUACAGAUGUAUGGUGUUACCAUGGAAGGUAACAGCAUCCUGUGUCAUAUCCAUGGGUAUGUGCCGUACUUCUACGUUCCUGCGCCAACAGGAUUCAAUGAAGGCCAAUGCGGAGUAUUCCAGGACRCUCUGAAUAGGGCAGUAUUGACUGACAUGAGAUCCAAUAAAGAUAAUAUAUCACAGGCAAUUCUUGCAGUAGACUGUGAGAAGAAAGAGAGCAUCUAUGGUUUCCAUGGCAAUACUAAAAUUCUAUUUCUACGYGUUACUGUCGCCUUACCCAAGUUAAUUGCGCCAUGUAAGAGAAUCUUGGAAGGCGGCUUCAAAUUUGGUUCCUUUCCUGAACGAGGUUACUCCACMUAUGARAGUAAUAUUGACUUCGAGGUACGAUACAUGGUAGACUCUAAUAUCGUAGGCUGUAACUGGAUAGAGGUUCCUGCGGGAAAAUAUAAAGUGCGGACACCUCACAUGUCAACAAACAUGAGUGAUGCAAAACCAACGUCAAGGUGCCAGCUUGAAAUUGAUGUAGCAUGGGAUGAAAUCAUUAGCCAUGUACCUGAAGGUGACUGGUCUAAGAUUGCUCCAGUWAGAAUYCUCAGUUUUGACAUUGAGUGCGCWGGUAGAAAAGGAGUUUUUCCAGAGCCGGAGAAAGAUCCUGUCAUUCAAAUUGCCAACAUGGUGGUCCGUCAAGGAGAAAAAGACCCCUUUAUCAGAAAUAUCUUUACUCUUGGAGGAUGUUCUCCCAUCGUAGGAUCACAUGUCAUGUCAUUUCAUAAUGAGGGAGAGUUACUCAAGUCUUGGAGUGAAUUCAUCCAACAAGUUGAUCCUGACAUUAUCACUGGCUACAACAUAGUCAACUUCGACAUGCCGUACCUUUUAAAUAGAGCUAAUGCACUGAAAGUCCAUUCAUUUCCAAUUCUUGGUCGAAUUGUCGAAGAGCGAAGUACAGUCUCCACAACAACUUUUCAAUCCAAAGCAUAUGGAAAAAGAGAAAACAAAGUUAUUAACAUUUCUGGUAGAAUUCAGUUUGAUUUGCUGCAUAUCUUGCUGAGAGAAUAUAAACUACGGUCUUACACAUUGAACGCUGUGAGCUUCCACUUUUUGCAAGAACAGAAGGAAGAUGUUCAACAUAACAUUAUAUCUGAUUUACAGAAUGGUAAUGACCAAACACGUCGAAGGCUUGCUAUAUACUGCAUGAAGGAUGCCAUCUUACCWUUACGACUACUAGACAAACUUAUGUGUGUCAUUAACUACAUGGAGAUGGCCCGUGUCACUGGCGUGCCGUUCAGCUAUCUCUUGUCACGUGGACARCAAAUUAAAGUUGUCUCUCAAUUACUGCGAAAGACCAAAGAACAAGAUCUCGUAAUCCCAGCUCACAAAGCAGAAAGUGGAGAAGAAACUUAUGAAGGAGCAACAGUAAUUGAGCCUGAAAGAGGAUAUUACAAUGUUCCCAUAGCAACACUAGAUUUCUCAUCGCUAUACCCGUCAAUCAUGAUGGCGCAUAACUUGUGCUAUACAUCAUUACUCCAUCCUUCACAAGUAAAGGAUACUCCUCCUGACCAGUUCAUCAAAACUCCAUCUGGAAACUACUUUGUCAAGAGAACUGUACGAAAAGGUCUUCUGCCUGAGAUUCUUGAAAGUCUUCUAGGUGCUAGAAAAAAAGCUAAAGCUGACUUAAAGAAGGCGACUGAUCCUUUCAAAAAGAAGGUCUUGGAUGGCCGUCAAUUAGCUUUGAAAAUCAGUGCUAAUUCAGUCUACGGAUUCACGGGAGCUACAGUUGGGAAGCUGCCUUGCUUGGAGAUAUCCCAGAGUGUAACAGCAUUUGGUAGAAUGAUGAUCGAGCGAACCAAGGAGCUUGUUGAAGAGAAGUACAAGAUUUCUAAUGGUUACAAGCAUGAUGCCAAGGUUAUUUAUGGAGACACCGAUUCAGUGAUGGUUCGAUUUGGUGUAGAGACUGUUUCAGAGAGCAUGGAACUUGGGAAUGAAGCUGCGCAGUAUGUCUCAGGUCACUUUAUUUCUCCAAUCAAAUUGGAGUUUGAAAAGGUAUAUUUUCCAUAUCUCCUGAUCAAUAAGAAGAGAUAUGCUGGGUUGUUCUUCACAAGACCUGAUAAACACGACAAAAUGGACUGUAAGGGGAUUGAGACAGUGCGAAGAGAUAACUGUCCUCUGGUUGCGAAUUUGAUUGGCUCAUGCUUAAAGAAGCUGUUGAUUGGCAGGGACCCACAAGGUGCCAUCAACUACACCAAGCAGAUCAUCUCCGACUUGCUGUGCAACCGUAUUGAUAUUUCACAGCUUGUUAUAACCAAAGAAUUGACCAAGACUGGAGAUGAAUAUUCAGCCAAACAGGCUCACUCAGAACUUGCUGCCAGAAUGCGCAAAAGAGAUGCUGGAUCGGCACCUAAACUGGGUGACAGGGUACCCUAUGUGAUUAUUGCUGGGUCAAAAGGAGCCAAGGCUUAUGAAAAAGCAGAGGAUCCUAUCUACGUUCUUGAAAAUAACAUCCCCAUUGAUACCCAGUAUUAUCUGGAAAAUCAGCUGUCAAAGCCUUUGUUGAGAAUUUUUGAACCAAUACUUGGUGAAUCUAAAGCUUCAUCAGUAUUACUAAAGGGGGAACACACUCGUACCAAGACAAUAGUCACAUCAACCGUAGGAAAACUAUCCAUGUUUACAAAGAAGAGAAGCACUUGUUUGGGAUGUAAGAGCAGUCUGAACGAUGAUGCUGCUGCUGUAUGUAAGCAUUGUAAACCAAGAGAAUCUGAAAUAUUCCAGAAAGAAAUAGGACACUUAAAGACACUUGAAGAACGCUUUGCCAGACUUUGGACACAAUGUCAGAACUGCACUGGUAGCUUGCAUCAAGAUGUUCUUUGUACAAGCCGAGAUUGUCCCAUUUUCUACAUGAGAACAAAAGUUCAAAAAGACCUUUCAGCUCAAGACAAGUUAGUGCAAAGAUUUGGGGAUAUCUCCUGGUGAACUCAUUGAAAACAUUCUGUUAACAUUCAAUAAUUGUAACUGGAAAUCAUUGUAAAUAAAAAAUUACUAAAAUUUA